AUGAAACGCCGUCGUUCAAAUGGUAAGGGGAGCACAAUUUCAGGGUUCAAGCAGGCGCUAAUUCAGCUUUCAUUUCUCUUGAACAAGAAGAGAAGAAAACAAUUAAUCAUAAUCCUAAAAAAGAUAACCCAAGUUUAUGGCAUAAACUUAAUAUUUUAUGUCAAUAAAUGGAAAUUGAAAAAGUUGCAGGGGGCAAAUAUUAAAUUUGAUGAUCUUAUGCCAUGGCUAAAGGAAUCAACCAUAUUAGUCUUGUUGAAUAUAUUAUAUCCUGCUUUGAAAAAGUUUCCCUUUUUGAGGAAUGACUAUGUCCGUUGGACUUCAUUAGUUGGAAUCUCGCUAAUGCUUACUAAAGGUGAGGUACCUUCGUGGCUUUUUGCCCACCUCCUUGUGGAAAUAUUGCAUACUAAAUUUAAAGCUGCUAGAAUAGCGCAAUGGCUGACAAUAAAUUCUCCCAAAGGUACAAUAACAAAAUUGAAACAAAUAUUUGUGUGUUCAAUAGUAAUGGCAUUGUUCACUAAACUUGAUAAAAAUUCAUUGCCAUUUCAUGCAAUUUUCGACCACAGGCCCUUUCGAACGGAUUUUAUCAUAAUCAAUGGCAUUUUUGCGCUUUUGGCGACAUACCGUAGAGUGCUAAAACUCUUUCUUACAUCAGAAACAAAAACGAACAAGAAUGGCUCCAAUCAUGAAACCAGGAACUUUUCACAGUUGCUUGGCGUCGAGAACCACAAUGAUUGGCCCAUAUCUUCAUCAAAUUUGAAACAUGUAGUGGAUAAGCUGAAUGAGAUACACGAAAUUACAAUUGAGAAUAAUUAUGCGAACAUUAGCGAAAAAAUAAUAAACUCAUGUUUCGUUAAAGGCAUCCUUCCAAGUUUAAGAUGGACUAUAAUAAGGCAGUGCAUAGAAUAUUUAUUUACGAGAAAAAGACACAGAAUAAUCAAUAUUAAGUUGCGGUACGUUGUGAUGUUACUCACAUUCACUAUGGUAGAUCCGACAAAUAACAUGGAAGUCAGCCCAUUUUUUGUAAAAUUGUUUGCGAAAUCCCUAAUUAAUGUCUACCUGAAAAAGUAUUGGCAUUAUAACUUUCAAAAAUAUGUAUUAUUUUUUUUGUUUCAAUUCAGUAUCACUUGA